AUGCACCUCACCACCCUCACCGCCGCCCUCAUCCUCUCCGCCACCACCGCCACCCACGCGGCGACCAUCUCCUACCCCCCAGACCCAUCCACCACGCCCACCCCGUCACCGUCCGACUACCAAACCGUCUUCGCCCUCCUCGCCGACGCCCCCUCGACCCCCUCCAUCCACCUCGCCGCCCUCGCCGCCACCAACGGCUCCCUCCACAUCCACCCCUCCCCGCCCCAAAACGCCACCUGCGCCUGGCCUGACGCGGACAACAACUCCCCCGCCUUCGCCACCUUCCUCCACGACGCCGCCACCUCCACCCUGCACCUCUACAACGGCUCCGGCUCCGCUUCUUCUUCUUCUUCCUCCCAGCAGCUGCUCUACACCGACCGCUCCCCCGUCGUGGGCCAGGGCCUGCUGCGGUACACACUGCCUACCGCCGACGACGACGACGGCUACGGCCCUGACGCCGAGGCCUUGCCCUCAGCCGCUGAAUCCGCGCCGUGGCAGCUGCAACUGCGGAACAACAGCGACGACAGCGACCACGACGACGACCACGACGUCGACGGCAGCAAGGCGAGCGGCGGCGCGCUGGGCGAGUACUUGGCGUUUGAUGGCGACGCGGGGUUUUUGGCGUGUCCAGAGGGGGACGGGGACGGGGAUGGGGAGGGGCAGUAUGCGGGUUGGGAGGGCGCGUGGAAGGUUUGGCUCGAUGUCGGGGUGGAGGGAGGGCGCGGCCCGUGGGGGAGCGAGGGGUGCGUCGCGUUUAGGGCGCGGGCGGUGCGGACGGAGAGGGUGGGCGGGAGGGGGCCGGUGGGGUGUGUCUAUCCGUGA